CGCUGGCUUGCUGGCACCGGCCCUCGCAGAGCGCUGGGUGCAGCUGGAGGCCGAUGCUGCAACGGAGGACUUCUUGGCCUCCUGCCUGGAGAGGUCCGUCGCCACUACGUUGCUGAAGGGUGCACUCGCACGGGUGUUGUGCUGGUGCCUCUCCAAGACGGAUGUCAACGCACUCCUGGGCCGCGGUGAGAUGUUUGUGCUCAGUGCUACCCAAGCGCUCCGGCUCUUCGCAGAGCGCCCUGGUGGCUUGCUGCUCGAUGUAGGAGCCGGGACCGGGUCAUGUACGAUGGAGCUCGCGCAGCUGUUCGAUCACGUGUUGACGACGGAGGUGAGUCGUCCUAUGGUGGCCCAGCUGCGCCGCCGUGGCCUCCCAGUUCUCGAGGGAAGCGACCUCUCGGGUCUCGAGGCCAUGGCAGCGGAGGUGGGGAUCCCACUCGGACCGAGUGGCACUUUUGACUGCAUUGCCCUCAUGAAUGUCUUGGACCGCUGCAUCCGACCACGGUCCUUGCUGCAGGAGCUGCGGCGCAGGCUCACACCUCGUGGAAGGCUCCUCAUUGCCGUGGUCCUUCCCUUCCGCCCUUUCGUAGAGCACGGCAUCUUCCGGUUGGCGCCAGAGCAGAAGCUGCCACUUUCAAGAGAUGCGACGUUCGAGUCUGCUGCGGAGGAGCUUUGGAGCAAGGUGCUCGCGCCCCUGGGCUUCCACCUCGAGGCAGAUCGGCUCCCGCACCCUGAAGCCUUCACACGCGUGCCCUACCUUUGCGAGGGGGAUCUGGCAGCCAACGUGUACUCGUUGGACGAUGCGGUUUUCCUUCUCAGCCGUGCUGGCGACCCUUGCAUAGUUAAUGUGCGAUCACGGGGCUUGAACCGUUAUGGCCGCUAUGGGCAGGAGAUAGCAGACGGGAUGAUUCUGCUGUGCGUGCCGAGUGAGUUGGGGCGAGGAGGCCUGGGAGAAGAGCCCACCACGUGCCAGCUUGUGAGGCUGUGCUCAUGCACAUGUGGAAGACUGAAGAUCGAGAUCUGCCGAAUGUGGGCUGGCGAAAAGGAAGUUCUUCCGAGGCUAAAAUACGGCUUCGGCUUCUAUGCGGAAAUUCGACCCGCUUCCGCGAUAUCUGCGGAGGUUGACGAGGAACCACGGCGAGAGGGUUCCGAGGGUCUCCUGUCGCAGUGCUGCCCAGCGCUCUCCAGCUGGAACGCAACUUUUUCGGGAAGUCGCGAUACGCAGGCCUUUGCCCGGCGGCUCUCCCCACUCUAUGGUGGAUUGGGAGGGGGGCCUCUCCCUGACGAGUUCGCGCCACUUGUGGAUCCCUUCGCUAGGGAGAACACUGGGCAUCAGCCUCCCGGCCACGCCAACCGGCGACCUGCUCUCAAGGAGCUGAUGAGACAGCACGACAAACGCCUAGGUAUCAUACUGCUAUUGCUACUGCUGUCGUUGCUGCUACUGCUGCUGAUCCUUCU